ACUCCACACACGCUUCUAAGCCUCGCUAUUAACUACACUUUAUUCAUCCUCCGUGUCAGGAUAAACUCCACUCGUCUCAGUCAACUUUGGACAUUAUUAGGCCCGCUUAGCUUGCUACUUGUUUUAGCGCGUUAGUUAGCUUAGCUUGCUACUUGUUUUAGCGCGCUAGUUAGCUUAGCGUGCUAGUUAGCUUAGCGUGCUAGUUAGCUGCUAACAAAGAGACGCGGAUUUGAUCAACACAUCGCUUAGUUAAGAUCAAGUGUGAGUGUAAAGUGUUGUGAUUGUGUGAAAAUGUGUGAAAGAACGAUAGCAGAGUACAAAGAAGAACUUUCUCGGACAAAAGAAGAGAACAAGAGACUACGUCAACUACUGGACGCUGUUUUCAAGAAACCUCAAGUUGUGUUACACAGAACAGACGUCUGUGAAAAAUAUCGUCCACCUGAGCAGCAGGAGGGGUCCUCCAGUAUGGAGCAGAAGAGGUCACAGCACCUCCACGUAAAAGAAGAGGAGCCACAGCCCCCCCACUUUAAAGAUGAAGAAAAAAAGCGACUGUCCCCCUACUUCAUAGAAAAAGACAAGAGACACCUCAUCAGUGUGAAGAGUGAAGAUGAUGAGGUCAAAAUUGAAAGUGAGAAGAAGAGAGAGGCAGAGCCUCCAAGCAGCAGCUCAACACAACACAUGACAACAGAAGCUGAUGGAGACCACUGUGGAGGAUCACAAGCAGACAAGAUCUUAGCUCCACUAUCAGAUAGUGAGGACACAACGUCACACUCUCCUGACACUGAUGAUGAACACUCUAAAGAUGAUGCAACAUGUCACACUGACAACACUCACUUCACAUGCUCUCACUGUGACAAAACUUUUAAAUACCAUAGUUCUCUGAAAAGACACAUGAGAACACACACUGGAGAAAAACCAUUUUCAUGUUCAGAAUGUGGUAAAAGUUUUUUCAGAAAUCACAUUUUAAAAGCACACAUGAGAACACACACUGGAGAAAAACCUUUUUCAUGUUCAAUCUGCGGUAAAGAUAUUACUCGAGGGGACCAUUUCAAAACACACAUGAAAAUACACACUGGAGAAAAACCUUUUUCCUGCUCAGAAUGUGGUAAAAGUUUUAUAAUAAAUAAAAGGUUAAAAGAACACAUGAGAAUGCACACUGGAGAAAAACCUUUUUCCUGCUCAGAAUGUGGUAAAAGUUUUGUACUAAAUCAACAUUUCAAAAGACACAUGAGAAGACACACUGGAGAAAAACCUUUUUCCUGCUCAGAAUGUGGUAAAAGUUUUGUAGUAAAUGAAUGUUUAAAAGUUCACAUGAGAACACACACUGGUGAAAAACCUUUUUCAUGUUCAAUCUGCGGUAAAGAUUUUAGUCGAAGGCACCAUUUAAAAUCACACAAGAGAACCCACACUGGUGAGAAACCUUUCACAUGUUCAAUCUGCAACAGAAGCUUUUGUGACCAAUCAAACCUUGUAGCGCACAUGAGAAGACACCCAGGAGAGAAAGUGUUGAGUUGCAGUGUGUGUGGUGAAAGAUUCUCCUAUAAGUACCAGUGUAAGAAACACAAGUGUGCUGGUGAGAACAGCAGCAGCAAAUGAAGAUGCAGGAUUUGAAAUAAACUGUCAAGACUUUAACUUUGACUUUGUAACAACAUCAGCACAUAUAACAUGUGUGACAUCAUUGUUGUGUGUGUAACACAAUCUUGUUAAUAUGAUUCUAACAUUUAUAGAUUAGACACUUCAGAUUAAUGCUUUUAUUUCAGUCAAGUACAUGAGUUAAUAUACACAUUUGUGUACUUUAAAAUGAACAGAACAAUUGGACUGAAAAGGUGAGAAUAAACAGUACAUAAAAUAUGUUACAUACAAUAAACAUUUUAUGUGUAGAUAUUCAUAAUUCACUGUUAUACUUAUUCAUAAUAGUGUUUUGUAUAUGUUUUUUGAAAUAAUGAUGGGUUCUAUAGAUGAACUCCUUUAUAUGAUGUACAUAUUUGUUGUACAUGUGUUCAUACCUUUGCUUUUGUGUACACAUAAAUCCCUCUUAGUUCAUAUUUACUGGUUCACAUGUGAAACAUCUUCUGGACCACUUCUGGAAGCAUAUUAUUAUUUACUUUAUACAUCAUUUGAACUGUUGAGUUGUAUACAAUUUUAAAAUGUGUGACUUUAUGAAUCAU